AUGUGUGAUGCUGACCUAUGGUUUAACAACUACAAGGAUGAUAUUAACAAUAUGACAUAUUCAUUGUACACUGAUGCCAUUGACCUUGCAAACUCUAAUAAGAAACGCCGGCUUAGUUAUUAUGAUGAAGUUCUGCAAUU